GUUAUGCUGUAUCAAUGUGGCAAGUGCAGCAUAAAUUAACUUGGUCAUUGGUCUCACAACAACUGGAUAAUUGCAAAGAUUUACAAUUGCUUUUAUGUUCUGCUUAAAUGCAAUCUCACAUAAUGGAAACCUUGUAUAGCAUGCAAUCAACAACCCCUGGUAAGAUCUUACUUUUUAUAGUGUGCAAUAAAAGCUGUCACAAGUUCCCCAUCUGAAGGCAAUGAGGCAAAUUGGAGCCUCGACUACUCGCUAUUGUUUGGCGAAGAUUAUCUAGACUUUGCCUCUCCCUCUGCUAUUGGAUAGCCUCGAGCCCAUCCCUGUGUUGUGAUGAGAUGACACAAGAAGGGUGCAGUUUCCCCACAUGUACUGCAGUGUCGUGAGUUUGGAACGUGCGUUGUCCUAGCUGCAUAGCUGCCGAUUUGCAGUGGUCAUAAACUGUACAGCACAAGCGGAGAAAAGGUCUGAGAAAAUUGUAAUUGUGACUGCAGCUGAACGUUCCUUUAGGAUUUCACAGCCGAGGCCUUGCAAGAAAUCCUGUUGACGAAUGUUCUGACCUCACAGGUCCCUUAGCCCGUGUAGGGAUGUAUUUUGGAAUAUACUGUGAUUUCAGCUGGUGGCUGUAAUACACUGUUAACAUUGGAUGCCAACCACCCUUAAUUAAAACCCCUACGAGUAGGGAGAAGCCCCUGACUGCAGUUCGGGGCCGGGCUCACUGUGGGCGGAGUCAAACGCAUUUAACCGGAACCCUUCGAGAUGCACCUGACUGCAUCAGGUGUACUUGGAAGUAGUAGGUGGAAGAUAGCUGUCAGAGCGUUAUGGACAGAAUGGACAACUUUGACCAAGUAAAUUUUGGAGCUGAGCCGAAUUGGACAGUGAUUCUGACAGCCACUGCAUGCGGUACAGGUGCCUUGAUGCUUUUCCUGAAUUGGUUCGGACACAAACAGUCGUGGAAGAAAAUUCAGAGGGCGAAAGCCCGAAAAGAAACGUCACUGCAACGAGCAGAGCUUGCUGUCCUUCAGUUCAACGAAUCUCACCCUGAAACGGACACCUCUCUCAUCCUCUCACUGUCACUGGCGGAGCUGUCCAAACAACUGAAGGGCGGAACACUAACUCCAGAAGCUGUGUUCCACUCAUACGUGGAAAAGACAUUGGAGGUGAAUAGGAGACUGAACUGUUGCACUGAGGUCCUGCUGGAGAGUUGGGAUCAGCUGGAGGAUAUUGGCUCUCACAAGGAUGGUCUCCUUUAUGGGGUCCCUGUCAGCAUCAAGGACAAUAUUGGAUAUAAGGGUCAUGACUCUACGUGUGGCGUGAUCUGUAAGUUGGACCUUCCUGCCACAGGGGACAGUGUGCUGGUUGAAGUGCUGAAGAGACAAGGUGCCAUUCCCUUCGUCAAGACCAACGUACCCCAAAGCCUGCUAAGCUACGACUGCGGUAAUCCCAUCUACGGUCUGACUCUGAAUCCCCAUAACCCUCAAAAGACGCCCGGGGGUUCAUCGGGCGGGGAGGGAGCGCUGAUCGGAGGAGGGGGCUCGGUCCUGGGCAUGGGCUCUGACAUUGGGGGCAGCAUACGCAUCCCUUCAUCCUUCUGUGGGAUCUGUGGCUUUAAACCCACGGCCAACAGGCUAAGUUCGCGAGGUGCUUCCUCCUGUAGCCGGGGCCAAAAGUCAGUGCUGUCGUCCUUUGGGCCCAUGGCAAGGGACGUGGAUGGCCUGGCUCUCUGUAUGCAAGCUCUGCUCUGUGACCACAUGUUCAGACUGGACCCUACUGUUCCCCCAAUCCCAUUCAACCAACAGGUAUACCAGCAUUCCAAGCCCCUGAGGAUCGGGUACUAUGAGAAUGACGGCUAUGCCAUGCCCUCUCCAAGCAUGGGCCGAGCCCUGAGGGAGACCAAGGCGUUGUUGGAGAGCGCAGGGCACACGUUGGUUCCCUUCAGUCUCCCCAGGCUGAGCUAUGCCAUGCAUGAGCUGGUUCUCAGGGGUUUCUCAGGCGAUGGAUGCGCUACCAUGCUCAGCAACCUGAAAGGAGGGCCUGUCGACCCGUCUCUGCGGGUUCAGAUUAUUCCGUACGGUUUACCUCGCACUGUGAAGAAAAUUCUAUCCAUUCUGAUCAAGCCCAUAUUUCCUCGUAUAGGUGCCUCUAUGGAAAGCCUGUGUGGAGCUAGCUCUGUGCAAGACCUGUGGAGACAGCAUGCGGAUGUGGAGGACUACAUGCAUGAGGUGAUGGCAGAGUGGAGAAGGUGUGAGCUGGACGUGCUGCUCUGUCCCAUGAUGGGUCCCGCCUACAACCAUAAUUACCCUGGGAAACUCACCAGUGCGUUGUCCUACACCAUUAUGUACAAUCUCCUUAACUUCCCUGCUGGUGUGGUCCCUGUCUCCACGGUAACAGCAGAGGACGAGGAGGAACUCAGGCACUACAAGGGCAACUAUGGGGACCUCUGGGACAAGCUCUACAGAAAGGCGGUGACUGGUGGAGAGGGGCUGCCGGUGGCUGUACAGUGUGUGGCCCUGCCCUGGCAGGACGAGCUCUGUCUGCGCUUCAUGAGAGAGGUGGAGAGGCUGUUCAGGGAGAUGAAGAAAUGAGAGAGAUGAAGAAAUGAGAGAGAUGAAGAAAUGAGAGAGAUGAAGAAAUGAGAGAGAUGAAGAAAUGAGAGAGCGAGAGAGAUGAAGAAAUGAGAGAGCGAGAGAGAUGGAUGUACUAAGAGGUAGAAAGAUAGAAUGGUAAAAAGGACCUGUUCAAUCAAGCAGUUAAAUUAAUCAAUAUAAGAAAGUCACUGUGUUGAAGUAGUAAAAGUAAUAGAUAACAUUAUUCUUAUGCUGCAAGGUAACUUGAAUAGGGUCCCCUGGCCCAAAUAAUAGUAAAUGUCCUCAGAAAGCAGGUUGGAGGAAGGACUGAUCCAAGUGCACUGAGAAACACAAAUGACUGUUCCUUGGCUGCUAACAGGUCACCUAACCUCAAAUAGGGAUACAAAUACAAACAUUUUCUUACACACAAGAAAAUUGGGAAAUUCUGUUUUACCUCAGUCGAUUAAAAAAAACACACUUAUGAAAUGACUUGGUACUUUUAAAUUAUAGUCACCUUAUGCACUUAUUAUUAUAUAGGGAAAUUCAUAUAAAUAUAUAGUAUGUCUGAUUUUCAUGUCUCAAAUUAAAAAACUUUGUUAAAUAUC